AUGAGCUAUUCAUAUUUGUUUAAAUAUAUUAUUAUAGGAGAUUCUAGUGUUGGAAAGUCUGCCAUUUUGCUUCAAUUUAUGGAGGGUAAAUUUAAGGCUGAGCAUGAUACAACUAUAGGAGUUGAGUUUGGUUCUAAAAUUAUAUAAGUUAAAGGGAAAAAUGUCAAAUUGUAAGUUUGGGAUACUGCUGGAUAAGAGUCAUUUAAGUCAAUAACUAGAUCAUAUUAUAGAGGUUCAAUUUGUGCUUUCCUCGUUUAUGAUGUAACAAAUCGUGAAAGCUUCACAAAUAUUUAAAAGUGGUUAGAAGAGACUCAAAAUUAUGCAAAUGAUAAAAUUACUCUAGUGUUAGUUGGUAACAAGAUUGAUCUUGCAAAUAAAAGGCAAGUUUCUUAUGACGAAGGACACGAAUUUGCACAAAAAUAAGAAAUUCAAUUUGUUGAAACUUCAGCUAAAAUGGGAUAAAAUAUUGAUCAGGUUUUCAGAAAAAGUACAGAAGAUAUCUUGUAAAAAAUAGAAAAUAGAUAGGUAGAUGCUACAAAUGAAUCUCUUGGAAUAAAGAUAGGACCAUAAUUAACAGAAAAAAUGGUUUCAGAUACAAAAAAAACUAAAAAAGAAUGUUGCUGA